AUGCCAUCUAAGCCCAUCCCAAUUUCAAGGCAGCUCUUCAACCAGCAGCUGAACCUGUCUCAGAGGGAGGCAGUGAAGCAUAUCCUGGCAGGGGAGUGCCGGCCCACCCAGUACAUCCUGUUUGGAUCCCCAGGGACAGGAAAGAUGAUCCCCCUCAUGGAGGCCAUACUGCAGGUGUGUUACCACCUGCCCAGUAGUUAUGUUCUGGUGUGCACUCCCUUCAACAGUGCUGCUGACCUCAUCUGUAUCCAGCUCCAUGACAGUGGGUUCCUGCAUGCUACGAGCCUGGACCGCGUUAGCACCUCCUGUCGACAGGAAGAGGCCAUCCCUGAGAUUAUAAGGCAGUACUCUUGGGCUGGGAAGGACAUCCGACAUGCUUCCUUCGACAGGUUCGUGGUCAGCACCUGUACCAGCGCUGGCAUGUUCUACCAGGUUGGGCUGCGUGUGGCAUUGGUCCCCCUAGGGCUUCUGUCAGAGAGAGACGGACAGGUGCCCAAGCUGGUGUAUAACUACCAUUCCCAGGAGGCCUUCCUGGCCCUGCCCUUUAGACUGUUUUACAGUGGGGAGCUGUGUGGCACAGAGAUGAGGGAGGGCAACAACCCGUUGUGGUUCAACCCUGGAGAGGCGGUACAGAUGAUGCUGUACUGCUGCCAGCUGGCCAAGAAGCUCUACAAUCCUGUAGCUGCCACUGACAUUGGCAUUAUUGCUCCCUACAGGAAACAGGUCAAGAAGAUCCGUGUGCUGCUCCACAGGGUGGGUCUGUCUGACAUCAAGCUGGGCUCUGUGGAGGAGUUCCAGGGACAGGAGUUCCUGGUCCUCAUCUUGUCCACGGUGAGGGCGAAUGAGUCAGUGCAGUGCGACGACCUGCAAAGCGUCCUGUGAUUGCUGUCCAACCCCAAGCGCUUCAACAUGGCAGUCGUUCUGCCCAAAGCCCUGCUCAUCGUCAUGGGAAACCCGCACCUCAUAGUCAAGGACCCAUGCUUCAACCCUCUCCUCCAGUACUCUUUUGAAAACAAGGCCUUCCUGAACGGAGACCCCCAACCUCUAUCAGGGCUGCACAUAGGGCUGACUGUCACAGGAGAGUCAGCCUGUCAGUAG